CGGGCGCUCCGGGGCCUGGGGCCGGAGCGGGGCCAGAGGGGGCCGCGGGUGCGCUUCGGGCCCAGCCCCACAGGUUAUUUCAGGAGCACGUCUUGGAAGCGACUAUCAGUAACCAGUCCCGUAGCAAGGUGCACAAAGGCAGCUCCGCUCCUCCCCUCAGCUUUUGAUACCGGUUUUCCUUACAGGGUUCCUGCACUUGGGUGGCCUUCGGACUGCUCUGUACAAUUAUAUUUUUGCCAAAAAACACCAAGGGACCUUUAUUUUGAGAGUGGAGGACACAGACCAGAACCGGGUGGUGCCUGGAGCCGCAGAAGGAAUAGAAGAUAUGCUGGAUUGGGCAGGCAUCCCCCCUGAUGAGAGCCCUCGCCGUGGUGGUGCCUUUGGGCCCUACCAGCAGUCGCAGCGACUGGAGCUGUACCAGAGUGCCAGCAGCACGCUCCUGGAAAGCGGAGCUGCCUACCGCUGCUUCUGCACCCCGCAGCGGCUGGAGCUGCUCAGGAAGGAGGCUCUGCGCAGGCACCAGACCCCAAGGUAUGACAACCGGUGUCGGCACCUGACGCCCACGGAGGUGGCUGAGAAGCUGUCGCAGGGCCUUGCCUGGGUCGUCCGCUUCCGACUGGAGCAAGGGGUAGAACCCUUCCAGGACCUGGUCUAUGGCUGGAACAGGCACGAAGUAGCAGAGGUGGAAGGGGACCCGGUGAUUCUCAAGGGGGAUGGCUUCCCCACUUACCACCUGGCAAACGUGGUGGACGAUCAUUACAUGGGCAUCAGCCACGUCCUGCGUGGAGUCGAGUGGCUGACGUCCACAGCCAAGCACCUGCUUCUCUACAAAGCCUUUGGCUGGGAUCCCCCCCAGUUUGGUCACCUCCCGCUGCUGCUGAACAAAGAUGGUUCCAAGCUGUCCAAGAGGCAGGGGGACAUCUUUCUGGAGAGCUUUGCUCAGGAUGGCUACCUGCCAGAGGCCCUCCUGGACAUCGUCACCAACUGUGGCUCUGGAUUCACAGAGAAACGGAUGGGGAGGACUCUGGAGGAGCUCAUCUCACAGUUUGAUGUUGGCAGAAUCACAACCCACUCUGCCCUGCUGGACCUUGAAAGCCUCCUCGAGUUCAACAGGAUCCACCUCACGCGUCACAUAGAGAACGAGGAGCUGAGGCAGAAGCUCAUCAGAGAGCUGCAGUUGCUGGUGGAGCAGGUCUAUGGGGAUCAGCAGGUGGAGCAAGAGGUUCUGCAGAAGCAGUACAUGGAGCGAGUCCUCCUGCUGAGAAAAGGUCACAUAACUCUCCUGAAGAACCUGGUGGCCUGUGAUUAUUCUUACCUCUGGGUCAGGCCAUCGGUGUCCCGAGAGCAGCUGCAAACUAUUUCUGCAGAAGCAGAAGAAAUAGGGAAGCUGGUCCUGGGGCUCAUGGCAAGUCAGGCAGUGGCUUUGACCGUGGAGGAGCUGAACAAAGACCUGAGAAGCCUCCAGAAGCAAACCAAAGAGACCAAGUACAGCAGCAUGAUGCAGCUCCUUCGCCUGGCUCUCAGUGGGCAGCAGCAUGGCCCCAGCGUUGCAGAGAUGAUGGUGACCCUGGGACCCAAGGAAGUGAGUGGGCGAAUCCACAGAGCUCUGUCCAGCUAACCUGGGACGGGAGUGACACCAACUGCCAGCCCACGGCCUCGGAUGGUGCAGGCGGCUCCUGGCAGUCCUGACCCUGCACUGCUUGGUCUCAAUGUGGUUAUCUUUGAUCAGACAAGCUGGACUUUAGACCAGGCAGGUGCCACUGUGAUCCUUCCAGGUCUGUCUGCAUCUGCACUGAGCAGAAGCCACUUUGUCCUGGAGAAGAACCAACCACAGGCUGAGGUCCCUCCAUCUCCCUUCAUCGCCUGCAAGCAACCUGGUUUCCAUCCUGGGAGAAAGAGACUUUUGGCAGUGUUCAAAUCCAGAGCACGUGGAUGGGAAGUGGAAUGCUGGCACCAGUGUGGUGCUGUGCCUGCUAACCACUAGAUUGAGGAGAUUUUGCUCCUUUUUGGACAAUUCCCUUGUAGUUAUUAAAUUGCCAUGCUGA